AAGCCAGCCUUUGUCUAGUUCUCUUCAUUUUCUCUCGCCGUCCCGUCGUCUUUUCCUUCUCCGCACACCAUCGAUAAUCAUCCAUAUAUCAAUUUCGGCGCCCUCCUGCCAUGCUUGAUCUUGGGGGUGUCACUCCGGGCCCCAACAUCGACACUGCAUUUGGCAUUGCUUGCGCGUUGCUCGCAUCGCCCGUCUUUGCGGCGCUCGCUGUGGCCAUUGCCUAUGCCACCGGUGCGCUCAAGACACACGCGUUCAUGCUGUACAUGCUGAUCACCGGCAUGGCUAUCGCAGCGCGCUACCGUGCGCCUGCCAUUGCCAGGAGAAUUGACUGGUCGCAGCACACGAUUCUGCUCACGGGCGGCUGCCAUGGCAUUGGCCUCGGCCUGCUGCACAAGCUGGCUGCAGCAGCGCCCGGCAACGCCAAGCGCAUUGCUGUCGUCGACAUUCUCGAUCUCCCCAAGGGCGCGCCUUCGGGCGUCGGCUUGUACAAGUGCAAUCUGGCCGACAUCGAACAGCUCAAGCCCAUCGUUGAUCAGAUCACGGCUGACAUGGGUCCGGUCACAAUGCUAAUCAACAACGCAGGCACGGUGUGCAGCAAGGUGCUCAGCGAGCAGAGCUUCCAGGAUGUGCAUCGGGUCGUUGGGGUCAAUAUGCUGGCGCCGAUGGAGCUGACGCGCCUGCUGUUGCCUGGUAUGCUCGCGAGCCCCGACGCGCACAUAGUCUUUGUGUCCUCUGUGCUGGGCUUCAUCGGCAUCCCCGAGCUGACCACGUAUACGGCGACCAAGGCGGCCUUGGCCAUAUUCAGCGAGUCGCUUAAGCUGGAGCUCGUCGCGAGGCAGGGCGCCCACCAUGUGCGCACGACUGCGGUUUUUCCGUCGCAGGUCGACUCUGGAAUGUUCAGCGGCGUGCGCAUACCACAGUGGCUCGCGCCUAACAUGUCGCCCGACGCAGUUGCCGCCCGCAUUUUCCAGUGCUUAGAGUCUGCGAGUGAUUCGGACAUUUAUCUGCCGCUUUCACUGGUCGGCUCCAGCCUCAACGCCAUGCGCACGUACCGAGGCCACGGCCUCUACCAGAAUAAGACGAGUGCAGCCUAGCGAAAAAAAUUGGUUGAAUGUUAUGUUUACCUUUUAAUAUAUCUAUCGAUUAAUAAUAGCAGCAAUAUAAUGCAAAACAAC